UUUGCCGUUUGCGGGGAGAAAAAAAGUCAAUCUAAAACUCUCUAAAUCCAAGCGAGCUGGACUUCCAAACUACAUUGAUGUUGAAUAGGAAUUAGUCAAGCCUGAAACGGACCGUUUGAACUUCCGCGGCUAAAUUACUCAACCAGUUAAGCGUAUUUUAACGGAAAUUAUUGCUAAAGCUUUGAAAACAAAAGCCACCGAUGCGAGAACGUCUUUAAGCAACCUCUCGCCAUAGUUGAUAUUAACUAUGCUCACGCAUUACAAAACCCAAAAACUAAAAACUCAAUAACUUCCAAUAUCGAUAAACAAAGCCCAUAAAGAGCACUAAGGGGAAGACUAUAGAAGACAGGGUUUUUCUACUUCAAAUUUAUAUAUUUUUUGACUAUCAAAACCUCGACUGGCACUUGCCUUAGACGUUAAUUUAGGCGGGAAAAAUCCUUACGAUAACAUUUCAGGAAACCACUAAUUGAGAAUGAAAAAUUUUCAAAAUAUUUAUCGAAAACAGGGUUUUUCUAAUUCAAAUUUUGUAUGUUUUUAACUAUCAAAACCACGUCUGGCACUUGCAUUUGGACGUUAAUUUAGGCGGGAAAAAGCUUUACGAUAAUAUUUCAGGAAACCACCUAUUGAGAAUGAAGGAUUAAAAAAACAAACAAACAAUGGAAUAUAGGAAAUGUUUUUGUAUAUAUGAAUUGUUGCGUAAAUGUUUUGUUCAAUGAACGUAUAAAACUUCAGCUGUCAUGCUAGAAUUAGCCAUUUUAUCUAAGAUAGUUCAAGCGGCUAUUGCUACUUCAUUUUCCUUAGCAAGAAUAAGUAUGGCAACUCUGGGAUUUUUGAUUUUAUUUUUCGUUUUGGUAAUUACUGGAAACUUGUGGAGUGCAGAGGCGAAAAGCUUGACGGACCUACAUAAACUGUUGACCGCAGAUGAAGUUGAGAAAAUCUUUGGAACAGUGACUGAGGACGUUCCGGAGUAUGACGUCAUGCAUCCUGUCCAAACCGACCACCGAGGAAGAUUCCUUUCAUACGAUGUAUCUUAUAGCAACAGCAACAAAGUGAAAAAGAACUUGUUCUUUCGAAUAUCAGCCUUCAGUUACGUGUUUCCCCUCAAUGUAUCCAUCAACACGGAAGAGUUGUUUUCGCCUGAUUUUGUCACCGAGGUGCGAAACAACGGAAAAUCGCAGUUGAGUACAAGUCCCCUGCGCUGCCAUUACGUUGGUCACGUGGUAUCACCGGAAGGACUGCGAGCUAAAGUUGCCAUCAGUAACUGUGAUGGACUGACUGGUAUGAUUCGCACCAAGAGAGAGAUUCUCAUGGUUAGUCCUCUACCAAAGAGACUGAACAUUAACGAGAAUACCAAGCGUGCUCAUGUGGUGUACAGGAUGUCUAACAGACACGCCGAGACGAUGAUACGAAAACUGGGCGUCAACACAAGAUCAGACACGUGGUGUGGAGUCAAAGCACCAGGUGAAACCUCAAAGAAAGAUACGGUCAUCCCAGAAAAACAAGAUCGCGAGGUGGUAUCAGACGUUUCCAAAAGGGAUAAACGAUAUACCAUCGAAGCUGUCGUAGUAGCAGACAAGAAAAUGACACAGUUUCAUGGCGUUGAUCAAAUUAAGAUCUACAUCCCAACCCUCAUCAAUAUGGUACAUAGUCUGUUAGCUGACAGCUCCAUAGGUGUGAACAUCAAGUAUGUACUCAACAAACUACAGAUCCUUGAAACAGACGAGCCUGGCUUAGUGAUCAAUUCUCAUGCUAGUAAAACGCUGUCAAGAUUUUGUCGCUGGAUGAGUAAAGAAAACCGCGGUGAUGAUACGAACCCUGCACACUUCGAUCACGCUACUCUUAUAUCAAGGCUUUCGUUCUGUAGCAACACUGUUGACGUCACCAGUCCAAGGUGCAAUUCCUUAUUAGGUCUUGCUGAUCUGGCAGGGAUGUGUGGUACUGACACAAGCUGUACCCUGAACACGGACACUGGUCUUGGAACUGCAUUCACCAUUGCUCAUGAAACCGGACACAAUCUUGGUGCCGAACAUGACAGUGAAGGGAACAGGUGCCCUAACGGAGUCAACAUCAUGGCAACUAAAGCAAGCGGGAAAGCAACUGCUUUCGAAUGGUCAGCCUGCAGCUCCAAGUACAUCACCAAGUUUCUCAGUGGGUACACCUCAGGUUGUUUGAACGAUCGGCCAGGAAGGUCCGUACCAUUACCAAAGGCCCUUGCAGGCCAGGAGUACUCGCUGGAUGACCAAUGCCGAAGAAUGGUUAAAGGUUCGUCAGGAGCUUGUAAAAUGGCUGAUAAAACAGGAUCGAUCACGUGUUACCAGCUGUGGUGUACAGUAGGGGAUAGUUGUACGACGAUCAACGAGCCAGCUGCUGAAGGGUCAUCUUGUGGGAAAAGAAAAUGGUGCAGAAGAGGUGUCUGUGUUCGGAUAGGCAAAGAAGGACCAAAAGCUGUCGAUGGAGGAUACUCAAAAUGGUCCCCUUGGGGAAAAUGUUCGCACCCGUGUGGCGGAGGGGUCAGGACUAGGACUCGUCAGUGCAAUAAUCCAACGCCUAGAAAUGGCGGAAAAUUAUGCGUAGGAGAAUCAAAAAAGUUUCAAUAUUGCAACAACCAGAAAUGUUCCUCGAACGUUCCUGAUACACGAAUGAUACAGUGCAAGAGUAAACGCAAUCAGAAGUUUGAAUAUGGAGUCAAGUACAACUGGGUCUACAACCCGAAGGCACCUGUACCAAAAAAAAAACGAUGUUCAUUGUUUUGUGAAGCUCCAAUGGACUUCAACGAAGUAAUGUUCUAUGACUUUGGUAAAGUAAAGGAUGGCACAAAAUGCAAUGGUGAUGGGCCGGAUGGUGUGUGUAUUGCAGGCGUGUGUAAGGUGGUUGGUUGUGAUAACGUCCUUGGAUCAACAGCAAAGAAAGAUAGAUGUGGUGUUUGUAAAGGAGACGGUACAAGCUGCAAGGAUAAGACUAUCAAUACUAUAACGAGAAAAAUAUACGACCAGUACCCGGACCCUUAUGGUGCUUACUACCAGACCAUCACAACCAUUCCCGUUGGUGCUCGAGACAUCGAGAUCAAAGAACUAAAGCGCUCAAGUAAUGUCUUGUCUUUGAUAACUCUAAAUGACGAACCAAUCACUGACGAGUAUUUCAAGUCAAAUAAAAAGUACAAAUACCACGAGGCGGGGACGACGUUCGAGGUCAUAAAAAAGAAUGCAAAGGAAAUGAUCACAGCUAAAGGACCGCUGACCAAAGCUGUUAUAUUGGAGUAUUAUGUUGAAAACUGGGAUAGCAAGUAUAAGGUUUCCUACAAGUAUUCCAUGACGUCAUCCACCCCGUCGCGUGCAGUAUCCAGUGACACUACCACUCAUUACAAAUGGAUGACAAAGACCCACGGAUGCUCGGCUGAAUGCGGUGGAGGCAAGAUGUUACUACUGGUUUCGUGCGUGAGAGAAGAUAAUGGCUCACCGGUGUCCCAUGAACUUUGCAGUGCUAAGGAAAUACCUGACAUUGAACAGGCAUCCGUUGACUGUAACACGCGGCCUUGCAAACCAAGUUGGAACAAGGGGGAGUGGGGCGACUGCAGUAAAACGUGUAACGACGGUUCUCCUGGUCAGCAGCAAAGAGAAGUCACGUGCGUCAGAAAGACCAAAGGCUUAGAAGAACUGCUGGAGGAUUCUAAGUGCGAGGGACCUAAACCUGCUAUGGUCAGGAUGUGUGGAGAAAUGGAGUGCCCAGCUGAAUGGGUCACAGUGAAAAGUGGACCUUGUUCCUCGUUAUGCGGCAAGGGAAUCCAAGCUCUAGAAGUGGUGUGCAAGAAGACGGGCACUAAUGGAAGGAUCGUUAGAGUACCAGACGAAAAAUGUCCUAAGGAUAAUAAACCACCGACUACGGUCACGUGUCAUGCUGUCUUAUCCUGCGAAGCAUGAUGGGUAAUGGCCUCUGAACCUUGAUUGGUUUGUCUUUGUUUGAUGAAUGUAGGGUUGUAAAAUAUUGUAAAUAUCUUAAAGGAUUAGAGAGUUGUUAACGUAA